AUGCGGCCAGACGCACCACGAGAACCCUACGCAGGGCCGGAGAACGGGCCGGAGCCGCCUUUCCCGAUAAGGCUUUUUGGACCGGUCAUCAAAGGAUUUGGGCGAGGAAGCAAAGAGCUCGGCAUUCCCACAGCCAACAUCCCCCCCGAAGGUCUGGCCUCAUAUCCGUCGCUAGAGUCCGGCGUGUACUACGGGUGGGUGGGACUCUCCUUGUCCCCGUCGCCGGACACGCCGUCGAGUUCGAAUGAAGUGUACCCCUCGGUGUUGAGCAUCGGGUACAAUCCAUUCUACAAGAAUACCGUUCGAAGCGUGGAGAUCCACAUCCUGCACGACUUCAGCCACGACUUCUACGGCGCAGCGCUAAACCUGCUCAUGCUUGGCUUCAUCCGGCCUGAGUACGACUAUGUGUCGCUCGACGCGUUGAUCGAGGACAUCAAGACCGAUUGUGACGUUGCCAGACGGAGCCUACAACGGCCCGCGUAUGCAAAGUUCAAGGAGGAGCCGUGGCUGAAAGACUUCGAGUGGAUGAAGACGACUGACACGGCUAAUGUGGAAAAGGCGAUCCUGAACAAGGAAUAA